AUGAGCAUCGUCUUUCUCGCCAGAGUGCUAGCCCUGGCCCUUGCCAUGGUUGCAGAGGCCGUCACUUGUAAGGCCCCAAAUCCAACGCCGCCUACGGAAGCAGAGCUCUCCAGGUACCGUGGGGGGCGGGACAUGGGCACUCGGUAUGCACCUUGGUACCAUCUGCCCGUGUUGGUCGUUUCGUUCUCAGCGCAUUUGUGCGGGAUCGCUGCGGUGCUUGCCAAAGUCUACCCCUCCCCGCCUGCAGACCGAGUGCUCUCAGUGCUGUUCGAUGAUCCCCGGGCUGCGGGCAAGUUGGCGAUUACCCCGGCCUUCGUGAUUGGCUUCGUGCUGCUCGUCGUUGGCAGGGCAGUGCGGAAGAUCUGCUACGAUACGAUGGGCAAGCAGUACACCUUUCAACUCGCAGUCCUCAAAGAUCACAAACUCGUGACAUCCGGACCGUAUGCCGUGGUCCGUCACCCGGGCUAUAGCUCAUUCCUCUCUGCAGUGUUAGGAAACAUCAUGAUUCAAUUCCUACCGGGAUCAUACCUCUAUGAGAGUGGAGUGCUAAGGAAGCCAAUGGUGGCGGUAGCAGUGGCGUUUUGGACUGCAUGGGUUCUAGGGACCGCCGUCAUAUUAGGAAUUGAGAGGGUCAAGAGAGAAGACGCGACAAUGAAGAGAGAAUUUCGAAAGGAAUGGGAGGAAUGGGCGAAAGUCACACCUUACAAGUUGAUCCCCUACGUCUGGUGA